AUGAGGUUGCUCCUUCUCAUUGCAUGUGCGACAUGCGCCACUUUUGUACACGGCCUCGUCGUCCCGGACGUCCCUUCCGAACUCGCCACGGGUACCACCAACAGCACCUUUCCAAGCGAACAUCCUCUUGAAGAAUGGUCCGAGCCAGUAAAAGCGGCUGCCGACGAUCCAUGGACGCUCUCUGUUGCUCGAGGCGCAAAGCUGCUCCAAGGCAUGAGAAGCAACGAUGCUGACGCGGCGAGUCUCUACGGCUUAGCAACAACAGCAGAAUCACCCUUUAACGGUAAUCUCAUCGACAAGUUGCGCGAAUGGGGCUACAAUGAUAACAACGACGCUCUAGCCAAGCAAGCAGACCCCGAGUGCAACUUUGACAGUCGCGACGGCCAUAUGCUCAAGAAAGCCUUUACGGAUCUCGGAAUCGGGAUAAGCAGCAAGGGAAAAGGUGGACCCAACCAAUGCUUCGCAAUUGAACACACCAAUGGUCCAGCCGUCAAGUUGGGAGACAACGGAAAGAUGCCCGAAAAAGCCGACCAGCGGUACGAAGUAUGUGGAAAAGAGUACAGAGUCACAAAUGCCGAGCAUACAAUCGGCGUCAAUACAGAGGCCGGCGCCGUAUAUGCUAUGCAACUGUCCUCGGCCGCCAAAGCAGCGCGUAGACUAUGGAAACGAGCGCCGCUCACUGAGGAACUUCCGGCUAUACGUAGCGUCUCUGACAUUGCAUGGGCUUUUUGGAACCGAGCACAUGAUUCAAAAGGUCUGGAAAAUACCAAGUACCUCUUCGUUGCCAUGAUCAUCAACAAAGAAACCAAUCAACAUGUCAAGCGCGCUUUGGGUACGCCAUCACCCCCAAAAGACGAACCAGAUGGAUGGCCAGGGCAUAACUUCAACAUGGAUACGGAUGAAGGAAAAGCGCUACUCGGCUCACCAGUUGGACGAUGGGCAGGAUAUUUCUUGAUGCAGCACAAAAGGCAGUUGGGAGGAAACAAGUAUAUAUCCAACGUGAGAGUAUUCAAGAGUGAGAAGGAAGGUAGUUGGCCGUACUUCUUAUUCUAUGUCGAAGGUCCUAGUAUAGCUCCUAUUUGGAAGCGGAGUACCAGCACGGACUCAGUAGAAGGAUCUGUAGAUACAGCACCAAAGGUUAUCAUGAGAAGUGAGGAUGGAAGAAAUGUGGUUAGAGAGCAUGUUGUUUGGGCGGAUAUGUAA